CCUGCAGGCUCGAGUCCUCCGUCCUCAGCAGAGAGGCUCGUUGAAAGUGCGUUGUUGUUGUUUUUGUUUACAGCAGUUAAAAAAUGUGCUGAGUCAUUGAGACUGUUCUUCUGAAUACAAGGCUAACGUACAGUAACGUGUUUAAGGUGUGCUCUGUGUCAGAGGUAACGCCGACAUGUUGACAGAGUUAUUGUAGACUACCGGAGCACUUUGGACUAGUUAUACCGGACAUUAACGCUUCAAUCUGUGGGAGCUGGAAAAUGGCAGUUUUCUCUGUCAUUCUGAGCUGGACCGUUGUGUUCCUCCUCUCUCUGGUUUUUAUAUCGUUCCUCGGUUACUGCCUGUACGUGAAACACCAGCAUAUGAAAUAUGACCACAUACCCGGGCCACCGAGAGACAGUUUUCUCUUAGGACAUUCACCUACGUUUAUGAGGGUCAUGAGAAAUGGCGGGCUUGUACACGACAAGUUGCUGGAGUGGUCUGAGAGUUACGGACCUGUUUACAGGGUUAAUAUUCUGCAUUACGUUAUGCUCAAUGUGACCUGCCCAGAGACAACCAAGGAGGUCCUGAUGUCCCCAAAGUAUCCCAAAGAUAGAUUCGUCUACAAGAGACUCUUCUACCUGUUUGGUCAAAGGUUCCUAGGUAAUGGCCUGGUAACAGCUCAGGACCAUGAGCAGUGGCAUAAACAGCGUCGGAUCAUGGACCCUGCAUUCAGCAGCCUGUAUUUGAGAGGUCUAAUGGGCACCUUCAAUGAGAGGGCAGAGAAACUGAUGACUAAACUUACAGAUAUCGCUGAUAGCAAAAUAGAGGCCCACAUGCUGCGUCUGGUCAACUUUGUUACCCUUGAUGUUAUUGCUAAGGUUGCUUUCGGUGUGGAUUUGGACCAGCUGAAGGAUAGUUCAGUUUUCCCGAAAGCCAUCGAAACAUGUUUGAAAGGGAUGGUGCACUACAUCAGAAACAGCUUUUUUAAGUACAACCCAAAGAACCGACCAUUCAUAAAGGAAGUGAGGGACGCAUGCUGCCUGCUGCGCACAACCGGAGCUCAUUGGAUUCAAAGCAGAAAGACCGCCAUGCAAAACGGCGAAGACGUCCCCAAGGACAUCCUCACACAGAUCAUCAAAACAGCUGGCAAAGAGGAAACCAUGACGGAAGAAGAUGAAGAGUUGAUGUUGGACAAUUUUGUGACAUUUUUCAUUGCAGGGCAAGAAACAACAGCUAACCAAUUGGCCUUUUGCAUCAUGGAACUUUCAAGACAUCCUGAAAUACUGGAGAGAGUGAAGAACGAGGUGGAUGAUGUCAUUGGAAUGAAACAGGACAUCAGUUAUGACGAUCUGGGGAAACUGGUCUACCUAUCACAGGUGCUGAAAGAGACUCUGAGAAUUUACCCGACAGCUCCAGGAACAUCUCGUGAGGUACUGAAAGACUUAGUCAUUGACGGUAUCCACAUUCCUGGAGGAGUCACAUGCAUGUUCACCUCCUACGUGACUGGGAGGAUGGAUAAAUUCUUCAAGGACCCGCUGACAUUUGAUCCAGACAGAUUUCACCCAGAUGCUCCCAAGCCUUAUUUCUGCUACUACCCCUUCGCCCUCGGCCCACGCUCAUGCCUGGGACAGAACUUCGCUCAGAUGGAGGCUAAAGUGGUGAUGGCCAAGCUGCUCCAGAGGUUUGACUUCAGUCUGGUGCCGGGACAGACCUUUGACAUCGAGGACACUGGCACGCUCAGGCCGAAGAGCGGGGUGGUGUGCACCGUCAGACACAGGAAUCACAAGAAAUAAAUGAUCAUAAAACAUAAGAAGAAACCAUAAAAGUCAAUGUGGUGAAAUUGGGUUACUUAGACUAAGGGUGUUUUCACACUUGGUCCUUUUUAAAUUAACCGAACUCAGUCCUCUUAAAGUGCACCAAAAAGUGGACCAACAGAAAAGGGACUUAGUUCGUUUUGUGUUCUUCUGUCAGUUCAUUUCAAAAAGCACUGAGGAAUUGCACUUGAAAAAUGCACUUAAAAUUGAAGGAAAACCUCAGUGUUACUGUGCUGUAGAGGGAAGUAUUUUACAUUCCACAUCUGGAGACGUGCAGUAUCUUCCGUGGACCAAACUACUCCUCGUCCUGCGUCCCUGUAAGCGUUACAGGCGGACGUGGUUUCAUCUGUUUUUUCAACGACCCAGGUCAACAGCAGGUGAUCUAGAGGGCUGAAUACAACGGCAAAGACCAAAGUGAACCUGGAGCGCUUUGUGUUCACACGGCACAGGUUAAGUGAACUGAACAGUUGGGUUCUUUUCAGAUCGGUCUGAAUUCUCUUAGAGUGUUCAAAAAAUGCCGAGUCAUCACUCUAAGUCCAUUUAGAGGGCUGAAAAGGACCAAGUGUGAAAACACCCUGACUUACUGCUCGCAGCUUUCUUCUCCUGCUUCAAACACAAGCCUCUUUCUCUGCUCAGUUUCUUUUAGUCUGUGUAAAGACAAUAGUAUCAGCAGUCUUUGUUUUAAUGAUAGAAACAGUGAACUCACAUGAUGAUGAUUGUUUUAACCUAACAAGAAUAAUAAUGAAGAUGUGGUUGAUCACAGUAUCAUCAGCAGUUUAAUCUUGUUUGAAGUAACCCUUAACCUGGAAAAGUCAUGGAAUAUCAUAAUCACAUUUUCCCUUCAAAAAUCAUGGAAUUAAUAAAAAUCAUUGAAAGUU